UGCUGCUUCUGCCCCGGUUGCUGCCAGUCCACAGGAGGAGACUCUGAUCUUUCCAACUUGUACUUUUUUUUUUGUUCCUUUGCCGCCACCACAAGGCCUUUCUUUAAAGUUCUUGUGGAGUUUCUUUACAAACACACACGAGUUCCCCCGCACCUGACGGUCUUUGAAUGCAUCAUCAGGCUAGCAUAGCAGCUGCCUGAUCAUGGUGACGAUGAGGAUGAAGAUGCUGACUGCAACCACCAUGCAAGUCCCCGUGCUGCUACUUUUAACCCUCCUAACCACUUGCAAUGGCAUCCUCCCUGAUACAGUGGACUCGGGAAUUAGCCACAUCCUUGACAAUUCUAUUCCAGAGGACCACAUAUUGGUGCAAAGGGAGCAACUGGACCAUGAUGAGCAGCUAGAAACUGAGCAGCAAGAGAAAAGCAUUGCUACAACAACUGUCCCGGACACUGAGCCGGACAACCACAUUGACACUGGCUGUGUCACCACUGAGGAUUGUGGGAAGGGGAGGUACUGUCUUUUGGAGAAACACAACUCCAAGUGUCAAGCUUGCAAGGACACUGACGUGCCCUGCGCUAAAGAUGAGGAAUGCUGUGACACUCAGUUGUGUGUUUGGGGUCAGUGCAGUCCAAAUGCAACCAAAGGACACGCAGGGAGUACAUGCCAGCAUCAAGACCACUGCAGCCAGGACCUCUGCUGCGCCUUCCACUCAGCCCUGCUCUUCCCAGUCUGCUCUGCUAAGCCUAUUGAGCGAGAGCGUUGUUUUCCUGCCUCCAACCAACUGACAGCGGAUAAAUCCCCCAAGAAACACUGUCCCUGUGCAGGGGAUCUCCACUGCCAGCAUCUGGGGCGAGGCUCCAUGUGUCUUCAAGCAGUCCACUCGAGUGAAGAGGACCUGACGGACAGCCUUUACUCAGCCAUAGACUACGUCCUGUAAAAGCUUUGCAGACCUAUACAAGAGAAACACAGCAUGAAAUGUGUUUUUCAUGCUUACCUUAGGUUUAAAAGUCUGUUUUGUUAGUCAGUGAAUAGCCAAUUGUAGGUGACUGGCAUGGAGGGUUCACUGGACACUCAUCAGGUCCAAGCAGGGUUUGUAACCCCACUGCUAAUAUGCACUCAACUUUAUGCACUUUAAACAGCAUAAAAAAUGUAUUGCACAUUAAAAGUUGUACAAAUUCAAUCACUGUUGCUGAUAUCAAGGA